CUUGUCGCUCUUCAAAGAUGCAAGGCUUCAACAAGUAUUACCCGCCGGAUUACGACCCGCAGAAACACAGUAGCUUGAAUGCUUACAGAGGAAAACAUGCCCUUGGAGAUAGGGCCCGCAAGAUCGACCAAGGCAUUCUGAUCACCCGUUUUGAGCUCCCCUUCAACAUCUGGUGCGGAACAUGCAACAACCACAUCGGCAUGGGCGUGCGUUACAACGCCGAGAAGAAGAAGAUCGGCAAUUACUAUUCCACGCCGAUAUUCUCGUUCCGAUGUAAAUGCCACCUGUGCGAUGGAUGGUUUGAGAUACAGACGGAUCCGAAGAACACGCGAUACGUCGUCGUCUCCGGCGCCAGGCAGAAGGACGAGGAGUGGGAUCCGGAGGAGAAUGGUGGAUAUGCGAUCCAUGACACCGAAGCUGCCGGUCCCUCUGAUCCACUUGCGGCUCUCGAGAAGACGACGGACGCGAAGAACCACGUGGCGAAGGUGCAAUUACCACGGCUCGAAGCCCUACAAGCCGUCUCGGAGGCGACAAACGCAGACCCCUAUGCGCACUCUCAGCGCAUGCGCAAGCGCCUGCGAGAGGAGAAGAAGGUCGAGAAGGCGAAGACAGCUGUGGACGACGCGAUUAAGAACAAAUACUCGCUCCCGUCCGAGCUGACGCUCAUUCGAGACGACGAGGAGAGCGCGAAGGCGGCGAAGGAUGAAUGGGAGGCGGCGAAGCGGGAGGUGGCGGAGAGGGAGAGUGCGAAGAGGCGGAAGCUCGUCGAAGCAGGGAACAUGGUGCCGAUCCUUCCAGGGACGACGACCUUUGCAAGGUCUACGGUCGCAAGCUCGGGCCUAGGGAAACGAUCCUCCGGUGCGAUUUCAGGUGUCGAUGCGCUCAAGGCACGAAUAUUGCAGAACACUGCUCGACAGAGUUUAGCGCGACCGAAACCGCAACCCUGACCAUUUCGAAAGUCUGUUUUUUUUAACACCACGAUCUGCCGCACUGUAUCAUCAAU